GAGGGAGGGGCGCGUCCCUCGCGCCGGCGCCCGCCCCGCAGCGCCGAUUCUCCCGCGGGCGCUGAGGGAGAGCGGCGGUCCCGUUGGGCAGAGGUGGCGGCGCAGGGCAUCGCCCUGCUGGCGAGGAGCAGCGGGCCGGUCACUGGUACCCAGCCUGGAAACAGUUCCUCCCUUGCAUCGGAAAUUGCAGGCGGCUUAUCUAAACAUUCACACGCACACAGAACCCCCAAAGAAAACCCCUCAUGGCGGUGAGCAGCGCAGAUCGGCUAAACGCGAUAAAGCAGAUGCUUUUCUACUCUCAAAGUUGGGUGCUGGUGCCAGAAGAAAAGAAUGAUUGAUGGGAAACAGACACCAGCCUGUAGACACUCACCCUUUUCCUUCGGAUACUGAUUUAUCAGUGUGUCCCGGCAUCCCCUGCUAGCCCUGAACACGGAGGAUCACUCAGGGUUAUCGACAGUGUAGCUGAAGACCUGCAACUUCACAAAUUAUUAUCUGCUAUUGGACAUCUUUUACAAGAAGCCCUGACAGAUAAGUUAUAAGACGAAGGACAAGUGCUGCAUUGUUGUGAAAGGCUGUCAUCAGGGCCUGGGUGGCUUCUACCAAAGUCUUUAACAUAGUGAACAAACAUCCUGUCCUAAUGCUUCACAUAUGAGUUGGAACCUAUUUUAUAAAUGUAUACAUGUAUAUGUACAUAUAAUUGCUAGACUGCACAUACGCCAGCACUGAGCAUCCUUACGAAGCUGACAUAAAAGGAUUUAGAAAUGUAUUUGUCAAGAUUCCUGUCACUUCAUGCCCUCUGGGUUACUGUAUCCUCCGUGAUGCAGCACUACCCUUCUGUGUGGGGACAUUAUGACGUGUGUAAGACUCAGAUUUACACAGAAGAAGGAAAAGUAUGGGAUUACAUGGCCUGCCAGCCAGAAGCCAGAGAUAUGAUCAAAUACGUAAAAGUGACUCUGGAUCCCCCAGACAUAACGUGUGGAGAUCCUCCUGAGACUUUCUGUGCAAUGGGGAAUCCCUACAUGUGCAAUAAUGAAUGUGAUGCGAGUACCCAAGAACUGGCUCAUCCUCCAGAACUGAUGUUCGAUCUGGAAGGAAGACAUCCCUCCACGUUUUGGCAGUCCACAACUUGGAAGGACUAUCCGAAGCCUCUUCAUGUUAAUAUUACACUCUCCUGGAACAAAACCAUUGAGCUUACAGAUAACAUAGUUAUCACCUUUGAAUCUGGCCGUCCAGACCAAAUGAUCCUGGAGAAAUCACUCGACUAUGGACGAACAUGGCAGCCCUACCAAUAUUAUGCCACAGACUGCUUAGAUGCUUUUCACAUGGAUCCAAAAUCAGUGAGGGAUUUAUCACAGCACACAGUCCUAGAAAUCAUUUGCACAGAGGAAUACUCUACCGGGUACAUGACAAAUAGUAAAAUAAUCCACUUUGAAAUCAAAGAUAGAUUUGCUUUUUUUGCUGGACCUCGGCUUCAUAACAUGGCUUCUCUUUAUGGCCAGCUUGACACCACCAAGAAGUUAAGAGAUUUCUUUACCAUCACAGAUCUGAGGAUAAGACUGCUUAGGCCAGCAACUGGUGAAAUAUAUGUAGAUGAGCAACACCUGGCACGCUACUUUUAUGCAAUUUCAGACAUAAGGGUAUAUGGAAGGUGUAAGUGCAACCUUCACGCUACUGGCUGUAAAGAAGAAAACAAAAGACUACUUUGUGAAUGUGAGCAUAACACAACGGGCCCAGACUGUGGAAAAUGCAAGAAGAAUUACCAGGGCCGACCGUGGAGCCCAGGUUCUUAUCUGCCUAUACCUAAGGGCACAGCUAAUAUCUGUAUACCCAGUAUUUCCAGUAUUGGUAAUCCUCCAAAGUUUGAUAGGAUAUGGCCGAAUAUUUCUUCCCUUGAGGUUUCUAAACCAAACCAAGUUGCUCCCAAAUUAGCUAUGUCAACUGUUUCUUCUGUUCAAGUUGCAAACCACAAGAGAGACUGUGAAUGCUUCGGGCACUCCAACCGGUGCAGUUACAUCGAGCUGCUCAAUACGGUCAUUUGCGUGAGCUGUAAGCACAACACUAGAGGUCAGCACUGCGAGUUAUGCAGGCUGGGCUACUUCAGAAAUGCUUCUGCAGAGCUGGACGAUGAAAAUGUGUGCAUAGACUGUUAUUGUAACCCUUUUGGUUCAGUCCAUGAUCGCUGUAAUGACAAAGGAUUUUGUGAGUGUAAGGAGGGAACAUCAGGGCCUAAAUGUGAUAAAUGUCUGCCGGGAUAUAUCUGGCACAGCUUGGGCUGUCAACCAAACGUGUGUGACAACGAACUGCUGCACUGCCAGAACGGAGGAACCUGCAUCAACAACGUGCGGUGCCAGUGCCCGCCGGCCUACACGGGCAUCCUGUGCGAGAAGCUCAAGUGCGAGCGGGAGCCGGGCGGCUGCAGCCGCAGCUCGGGGCAGGGCCCGCCGGCGCUCGGGGCCGCGCUGCUGCUGCUGCCGCUGCUGGCGGCCACGGCGCUCGGCCGCUGCUGAGCCUGCGCCUGCUGC